GUUCCAAAAAAAAUGGAUGCGUGUAAGACUUCAAACUCAGACUCCGAUGGUGGAUUAAAGAACUACCCUUUGAAUUUUCAAAGGGCCAUAAGGGGUUUUGUAUGCUUGGUUGUUUAUCUUUCGACUGCCUUUGUAUUUAUCGUUUUUUUAGGCACUCCUGCUGCAGUUUUUCCCCGAUUUUUCAGCAUACAUUAUAGCAGAAAGGCAUUGUCUUUCUUUUAUGGAAUUUGGCUAUCUUUAUGGCCAUUCUUAUUUGAAAAGAUCAACGAAACUAAAGUUGUUUUCUCUGGAGAAACUGUUCCAGAAAAGGAACGUGUUCUUCUUAUUGCUAACCACAAAACAGAAGUUGAUUGGAUGUAUCUUUGGGAUCUUGCAUUGAGAAAGGGGUCCAUAAGUUGCGUCAGAUAUGUACUUAAAAGCAGCUUGAUGAAAUUACCUUUAUUUGGUUGGGCAUUGCAUAUUUUGGAGUAUAUUUCAGUUGAAAGAAAAUGGGAAGUUGAUGAAAGUAACAUGCAAAAGAUGUUGUCAACUUUUACAAAUCAUUCAGAUCCAUUGUGGCUUGCUGUUUUUCCCGAAGGAACUGAUUUCACAGAGCAAAAAUGCAUAAAAAGCCAAAAAUUUGCUGCUGAAAAUGGGUUGCCUAUUCUCAAGAAUGUGUUGCUUCCUAAAACAAGAGGUUUUCAUGCUUGUUUGGAAAUCUUGAGGGGGUCUUUGGAUGCAGUAUACGACUUGACAAUAGCUUACAAAAACCGGUGUCCCACCUUCUUGGACAAUGUUUUUGGAAUAGAACCAUCUGAAGUUCAUAUCCAUGUUCGACGCGUCCCCCUAGACGAUAUCCCGACUUCACAAAAGGAGUCCAAUGCAUGGCUAUUACAGUCAUUUCAACUCAAAGACCAAUUACUAUCCGAUUUCAUUACACGUGGUCAUUUUGAAAACGAAGGAACCGAACAAGAGCUCUCAACAAUAAAAUGUGUGAUAAAUUGCAUAAUAGUUAUAGGGACUACUUGUUUAUUUACACAUCUUACAUUUUUCUCAUCUGUUUGGUUCAAAAUAUACAUUGGUGUAACUUGUGCCUACCUUACUUUUGCUACGAAUUCUGGCUUUCGUCCUUCUCCAGUUAUUGAAUAUGUGAAAUUGUUUGUAUAUGGAAAGAAGUUGGUUUAA